AUGCCUUCUCAAGUGGCAACAUGUUUGCGCAUCGCGCGGCAGUUCUCUGCUGAUCCGGCCAAGCACCAGCGCUUUCUGGCGCGCAAUUUCUCAAGCUCCGUGCGACGCGCCGCGAUCAACAAGGUCUUUGCGUCGGCCGAGGAGGCCAUCAAGGACAUGAAGUCGAACUCGACUCUGCUUGCUGGUGGAUUCGGACUCUCUGGCGUGCCAGAUACUCUGAUCAAUGCCGUGCGAGCUAACUCAUCCAUCCAAGGAUUGACAGUGGUCAGCAACAAUGCCGGCGUGGACGGCUCCGGUCUCGGUUUGCUCCUGCAGUCCAAGCAGAUCACAAAGAUGAUCGCUAGUUACGUGGGCGAGAACAAGACUUUCGAGCGCAUGUACCUUACUGGCGAGAUUGAGCUUGAGCUGACUCCCCAAGGAACACUCGCUGAGCGUUGCCGCUCUGGUGGUGCCGGUGUCCCCGCAUUCUACACCCCUGCGGCCUUUGGUACCGUUGUACAGACUGGCGACCUCCCUCUGCGUCACAACAGCGACGGUACUGUCGCGCUUUACAGCCAACCUCGCGACACCAAGGUCUUCGAUGGCAAGAGCUAUGUCAUGGAGGAGGCUAUCAAGGGUGACUAUGCCUUUGUCAAGGCCUGGAAGGCUGAUAAGCUGGGUAACUGCCAGUUCCGCUAUGCUGCGGCUAACUUCAACGGCGCCAUGGGCCGCAAUGCCAAGAUGACCAUUGUCGAGGCUGAACACAUCGUUGAGCCCGGGGAGAUCGAACCGGCUGCUAUCCACCUACCCGGUAUCUACGUCAAGCGCGUGAUUCAGAGCACCACCGAGAAGAAAAUUGAGAAGUAUACCUUCGCCAAGGAGGAAGGUGCCGACACCUCUGCUUUGGGUCAGGGCGAGACUGCCAACAAGCGUGAGCGUAUUGUCCGCCGUGCUGCUAAGGAGUUCAAGAACGGCAUGUACGCCAACUUGGGCAUUGGUAUGCCCAUGCUGGCUCCUAACUUCGUUGACCCUUCUGUCGAGGUUACUCUUCAGUCUGAGAACGGAAUUCUUGGUCUUGGUCCCUAUCCCAAGAAGGGCGAGGAGGAUCCCGAUCUGAUCAACGCGGGCAAGGAGACUGUCACUCUCAACCCCGGUGCUUCAUGCUUCGGUAGCGACGAGUCUUUCGGCAUGAUCCGUUCUGGACGUAUCGACCUGACUAUCCUGGGUGCCAUGCAGGUCAGCGCCAAGGGUGACCUGGCCAACUGGAUGCUCCCCGGUAAAAUCAAGGGCUUCGGCGGUGCCAUGGAUCUGGUUUCAAACCCGUCGGCCACGAAGGUCGUCGUGACCAUGGAGCACACUGAUAAGAAGGGCAAUCCGAAAAUUGUCAAGCAGUGCGAGUUCCCGCUGACCGGCCCGGCCUGCGUCAGCCGCAUUAUUACUGACCUCUGCGUCUUCGACGUGGACUUCACCGACGGUCUCACCCUGGUUGAGAUCGCCGACGGUGUCACCGUCGAGGAAGUCAAGGCCAAGACCGAGGCACCGUUCAAGGUCGCCGACGAUCUGAAGCCCAUGCUGUAA